GUCCGUCGCGGCUGCACUUCCUGAAACCACCACCUCUUCUUUCUACCACGACAAACACAGCAAAUCAAAAUCGCCUUCUUUUCCGCAACCCCCGACAGCCUGUUCUUUGAUCAGUGCACUUGAGCUGUCAUGUCUCGUAUGUGGGAGGUUGAUCCGGAGACGAGGGCCAAGCUUCUCCAGAUCUCCAAAACAAACGGAAACGACAAAUGCUGCGAUUGCGGCGCUCCAUCGCCUCAAUGGGCCUCCCCCAAAUUCGGAACCUUCAUCUGCCUUAAUUGCGCCGGCACCCACCGUGGUCUAGGUGUACACAUAUCCUUCGUCCGCUCCAUCACCAUGGACGCUUUCAAGACGGCGGAGAUUAUGCGCAUGGAACAAGGUGGUAAUGAGCCCUGGAAAUCGUUCUUUGAUGGCCACGUAAUCACCCAGUCAGAGGGCCGCACCUUCGAAGACUCGACGAUCAAGGAGCGGUACGAAGGUGAGGUUGGGGAGGAAUGGAAGGAGCGGCUAUCGGCCAAGAUUGAAGGAAGAGAAUAUGUGCCGGGUCAAGCAUCCCAGCCAUCGCAACAACCAAAGAAGCAGCCGCAGCCGGAACUUUCGUCCCGGUCGAGUACUCCUCUCGCGCGCGGGGGGUCGCCCGCGUCCCAUGACGGGCUGGUCGACGGCGGUGGUGGUGGUGCUGCUGCCGGCGCCACCAAGAAGGAGCGCAACGAGGCGUAUUUCGCCAAGCUGGGAUCGGCGAAUGCUACCCGGAGUGAGUCCUUGCCGCCAUCGCAGGGCGGGAAGUUCACGGGAUUCGGAGGCGGGAUGCCGCCGGCCGCUUCGGCGGGAUCGGGGCGCGCAGCGGGCACUGGGCCCCUGCCUGGAUUUGAUGACUUCCAGAAGGACCCCAUGGCGGCGUUGACGAAGGGCUUCGGGUGGUUCACAACGACGGUGGGGAAGGGGGCGAAGACGGUGAAUGAGAGUUAUAUCCAGCCGACGGCUAAGACGAUAGCGGAAUCCGAUUUCGCAGCGCAGGCUCGCCUCCAGGCCUCUCAACUGGGACAGAAUCUGCAAACUGGUGCCCGCGGCGCAGCAGGUCACUUCCACCGCUUUGUGGAAGGGCAGGACGAGGCGGCCGCGGCGGCCGCUGCUCGGCGGGAACGGGGCCGGACUGGAGCCGAGCCGGAAAGAAAGGAAUUUUGGGAUUCGUUCUCUGGGCUGGGAGCGCAGGAUAGUCAUCGUCGGAAUACAUCGAGGUCGAGUGCGAUCGGUACGGCUGCGAUGAAGCCGGGUAGCGGUGUUGGGGCUACCGGGGUUGCUGGAUCAACUGCGACUACUUCUGCCUCUUCGGCUGCGUCUGGCACGGGCACAGGACGGAAGAGCCUAGAGGAUAACAGUGGGUGGGAUGACAAUUGGUGAGAGGUUUUUUAUUUGAUGAUCGGUAUUGAUGUAUUUACUCGGCUUGCAUAGUUAUAUAGUUCUAUAUAUACAU